UAUAGUACUGUAUUAAAAUUAUGAUAAAAAUAACUUUAUCAAGUGUCAUUCCUCGAGUAUAUAAAUAACCGUUACUUUAUCAGAGAAAUAUUGAACUUCGAGUAUUCACAUAAGCAUCACCUAGUUGCUACAAAUGAGUUUUACGAACAAAGUCGUGGUGGUGACGGGCGCGGGCUCCGGUAUCGGGGCGGCGGCCGCGCUGCAGUUCGCGGCGGAGGGCGCGCGCGUGGUGCUGGUGGACAGGGACGAGGCGCGGCUGCGGGACGUGCGCGCGCAGUGUCCGCGCCACGACCAAGAGCUGCUGCUGCUCGCCGCAGACAUCGCCCGAGAAGACGAAGCGCACAGGAUCAUUCAAGAAACUGUAAACAAGUUCGGGAAACUAGACGUGCUCGUUAACUGCGCUGGCAUAUUCAGAAUGGGCUCUGUUUUAGAAGGAAGUAUAAUGAAGACUUUCGAUGAGGUAAUGAAUGUGAAUUUACGAGCACUCAUCCUGUUAACAACGUUAGCGACACCCCAUCUGGUGGAGAGUAAAGGCAACAUUGUCAAUAUAUCGAGCGUUGCUGCAGUCAUGGCUCUGGGUGCAGAGAACGCAGUGUACUCUAUCUCCAAAGCCGGUGUGGAGCACUUUACGCGCGGUGCUGCCUUAGAGCUGGGGGCUUCUGGUGUGAGAGUGAAUGCAGUCCGCCCCGGACCGGUGAGAACCCGCAUCCUUGAAAAUAGUGGUACUAAGAUAACUUGCGAUGAUUGGACCCCUUUAACUAAAAUUGGCAGGAUCUCGGAACCCCAGGAAAUCGCUGACGUGAUUUUGUAUUUGGCCAACGACAACGCUAAAGGUAUUACGGGAUCAAUAUUUACAGUUGACAAUGGAAUUGUUUUUCACUAAAAUUUUUAUUGUAUAAAAAAUUAAAUAAAGUAUUAAUUACUUUAAUUAUUCACUA